CUGACCUCCACAGCUCGCAGCGCUCGGGCGGAGGUUCUAGGCCGCAGUACGAAGAUGUCUGAAAGCAGCAGAGAGGUUGUUGAGCAGGAGCUGACAGAAAACUCCGAGGAGGGCAGAGUUGUGCCGGCACACGGGGUGCUUCGCUCCCUGCUGCGCGGCCUCUUCUGGCCUUUUAGCGUCGUGGUACGGGUCUUCCGCGGGUUCUGGGGAAUGCUAAGGUUUUGGAAGGCUGAGGAGAGUGUCCUCCCCGGGCCUGCGACCUCCAGCCCCGCUCGCCCCAGCCUCACCGCCCGCAAGCGGCUGCGGUGGGCCAGCCGGCUGGUGCUGGUCCUCCUGCCCCGCAGGGUGCAGGGCGCCCUGGGAUACACGGUGUCCAGCAGCCUGGGCCAGUCCCUGUCCCCAGAAGUCAGAGUAUCUCCCACUAAGCUACAUGGUAAAGGCAGCAAGCGGAAACUAGGUGACUUGGAUGAGGAUGACUCUGGAGAGGAAGAUCAUCCGACCUGGGUGGAGGUGCUGUGUACGGAGCUUCCAGAUGAGGGCUCRGAGGAUGAUCCAGAUUAUACGCCCAGCGAUGUGGAAACUGACAGUGAGGAAUAUGCCAGUCAGAAYAACACAGAAAGUGAGCUUCAGACAUCACAAGGAGAAAAGCUUCAGACAAAACAAGGAGAAAACGUUACUGCUGAAGCUUCUGGUUCUAAUUAAUGUCAUAUUGACAGUAAACUAUUUGUCUUGUACUUUUUUGAUGAUUCAAUAAAAGUUUAUAUUUUUGUCUUGA